AUGGAUGCGCUUUCCAUAGCGGCGGCUGUCGUCGCGUUCGUCGACUUUGGAGUCAAGGUUUCCUUCAAGGCGUUUGAGAUACACUCGUCCGCCACGGGCCAGCCAAUCCAGGUGAUCGGCCUAGCUUCCUCUUCUAAACACCUCUCCUCCCUUGCCUCUGCGGCGAGGGAGACAAUAACGACGUCCAGCUACUCCGGACAAAUGGAGUCUUUGGACUCUCUCGUCGUAGAAUGCACCGAUGUGGAGGAGAAGCUCAAGGACGCACUCACCAAGCUGACGGUGAUAAAGGAGGGCAAAUGGAAUAGGGCGCGUCAGAUCCUCGAAGUGUCCAUUCGUAGCAUUUGGAAGCAAGAGGAACUGGACGCAAUGAGCACGCAGCUCGACAAGAUCCGCGGCCAGGUCAUGAUGAAUGUUUUGAUGUGUGUGUGGCGCGAAGCGAGCAACAACAAGAGCCAGACUGAACAUGUCCUCCAAACCGUCCGUCGCAUUGAAACUGCGAUGAAGGAUAUGGACGAGGACUUCAAAACCAUGGGAGCAGGCGGCCGGCUGCAGGACGACAAAGGAAAGACGAGGAUGAAUACGGCAAUCUGGGCAUCCACGGGUCUGGUUGACGUUACAACUGACGAAGCCACCGCUCCUCCUCCGUAUACACCCCUGCCGACAAUCGAAGCACCGAGAGAUGCUGGCAUAAAGAUCAGGAUGCCGUUUUCGCAACGAUUACUCCGCAGCCUUCAGUUCGCCGAGAUAGACAACCGCGCCAGCCAAAUCAAGUCGGCUUUCCCGAACACGUUCAAGUGGCUCUUUGACGAUGAAGGCGAGCGUCAAAAGUACGGAAAAGAGAGUUCUGGGCUGAGCUUUCGGCGAUGGCUGAGCUCCCAUAACGACGGCUCCCAUGGCGAGGGCUCCCAGGGCGAGAAAGUCUUUUGGAUCACCGGCGUGCCCGCGUCUGGCAAGAGCACGCUGAUGAAAUUCAUCGCCACCCACCCUUCUCUCAACCGACGGCUCCAAGAGUGGGCAGGCCAAGACCGAGUACAAGUAGCCAAGUUUUACUUUUGGAACGCAGGAUCCAAGAUCCAAAAGUCGCGUGUCGGUCUCUUCCGGUCGCUACUCUACCAGCUGCUGAGCCAGAACCCCGAGCUGUCCGAGAUUGUGGCCCCGAGGCGACAGCUCUACUUCAGCAUUGCAGGUGACGGGGCGGAAGCUCCAGACUGGGAAUGGUCGGAGCUCUGCCGAUGCUUCUCUAGGCUUGCCUGGCAGCUGAAGAGCAAGAAUAUACGUCUCGCGCUGUUCAUAGACGGUCUAGACGAGUAUGAGGGGUUCGACGACAAGCUGCCCGAGACUCACCAGUUGACCGAUGAGAUGGUAACCUUUCUCUUGCGGUCUCGAAGGGAGUACGAUUGGAAACUUUGUGUGUCGAGCAGGCCCGGCAACUACUUUCGUGACAAAUUUACCAAAUCCCACUCCUUGGCCAUGCAGCAACUCACACAACCAGACAUCGACGAGUAUGUGAAUCAGCGCCUGCUAUCCAGCCAGGCAAUCCAGGACGCUAUGAUGAUCGAUCAAGAGGCCAUCGAAACGCUGAUCAGCAACCUAAAAACCAGGGCUCAGGGCGUCUUUCUUUGGGUUGUACUCGUCGUUGAACAGCUCCUCAUUACUGCCCAAGAUGACCCCCAUAUCUCCGUGAUCCUCCGAGUGUUCGACAGCUUGCCCCAGGACCUGAACAAUCUGUACAACGCUAUCCAGAACCAGAUAGGGCCGGAAAAGCAGCGGCGCGCCUCUAAGCUUUACCAGCUGGUCAUGGAAUGGAAAAGGACCUGGAACGGAGGCAUUCUCCAGGUCUCGGACCCCACAACGAGAAGAGGCCCUCCGACGGUCGACUUCCUUCACAAGACGACUUACGACUGGAUUCGAGAGCCUGGCAACUGGAAGGGGAUGGUUGAAAAGGGCCCGGAGAGUUACCAGCCCAUGAUCCCCAUCCUUGCCAUUUUGGCCCGCCAUGCACAGUCACUGUCCACCACAAGCAAGUACUCUACCCGCAAACAAUGCAUCAGCCGACUCUUCCUACUGGCAAGCAAGGUCCAAGAUCCACCAAGGGUUAGAUCCCAGAUAACCGCCAUCCUCGACCAGCUCGACGAUCGAAAACUCAGGGAUCUUGGCAUCGACAGCAUCUUGUUGCAGACUGCGAUACCUACCAAAAGCAAAGGUAUGGACAGAAUGGCAGAAUCAAGCCACAUGACCUGGGCCGCCGCAUGGGCAUGCCGGCCUUACAUCUGUGGUAAGGUGGAACAGAACCCUUCUAUCCUCUCGGCGCCAAGGCGGCCUGCUCUGCCGUUCGGUCUGAGGAAAGGCACGCCCUCCAGCAUACCAGUCUUCGAAAUCGUCAUGUUCGGAUACCGCCUCCAUGGUUCACGCACGGAAACAGGGGAGGAGAACUGGUUUCACGGUGUGCGGAAAAUGAACGCGUGGCAGGCGUGGCAGAGGCUGGAAACCAUCAAGGAGCUUCUUCAGAAGGGGGCCAAGAUCGAGAGGUAUAUGAAAGAAAUCCUUCGAACGGCGGUCAAGGACGCGCCCCAAAACAGCGUUGAGGCCAAGUAUGCCAAGCUGUUGUUUGACCUAUCGGGGAGCAAUCACAUUUUGGGGUCCUUUGACGCGAUGAGGCGAAAGUCGUUUCCGGAACACGAGGUGGACAAGGCGCGCAGGGAUGGGGAGUUUCCAGACUACCAGAUCGAUUCGUAG